CUUGAAAGGUCUACUAUGGCAUCCACCCAGGCCUCAUUUCUUUCUCCCUUACAUUCCUCCUCCAUUGUUUACCUGUGGAAAUUUGCCCUUGAGAAGACAUGUAUUUCAAUUUAGAGGCAAUGUCUGAUGUGAAAUAUCAGUAAUCAGUAAAGCUAAUUGAUUCAUUUGAAGUUGAAACUUGCAACUCCUUCCCAAUUAGCACCAUCCUUUAACCUAUGGAAUAAGUGAAAAUAUGCUGGAAUAGCAACUCUCCAAGUGGUUUUAAACUCUUCUGCCCUCGUUUCAAAGCCCAACUCAUUCUCUUAAUUUGUUGAAGAGCAUAUUGUCACUUGAGUAAGACUGCCUUAGAAAUGUUACCAAGUCAGGGCUGGGUGUUUCCUGUCCUUUGGAAAAGAAAGGCCUAAACAAUACCUUCCUCAUACUCUAGCUGCAAGGAAGGCAUGAUGAUUGAAAUUAUAGAUGCUUCCUUAGCUGAUUUUUAAUGAAAUGUAAAUUAAAUACAUAGCAAAAGGAUGGGAGUAAAAGGAAGCUAUAUUUUUAAAGGAGGUUUUUCACAUAAACUUUGUUUCUUGAACAAAAUGUGAUUUAGACAAUAAAAUUGGGAAGUCAGUGGGAGAAACAGCUGUAGAAUUAAAUUUUGAGCCUUGAUAUUGGGUUUUGUACACAUCAUUUAAUUUUUUUUUAUGUAAGACAUGAGAAAUAAUACCUCACAGUUUUUCUGAAGAUCAAAUAAAGGCUUUAAAGCCUUGAGCAGUGUCUGGCUCAGGUUGGGUACUUAAUAAAGGGCAGGUAUAUCAAUAAUAGAAAUGUAAUAUUGAAUACUUUGCAGGGCCGAAAGAGGAAAGGACAUGGGGAGCACAGGGGAGGGCGAUUAGAUAGAGUGAUUAUAUGUGUAUAUAAAGUACAUUACAUAGGCAGGGGUGUCAUGAGGAUUGGUGUGAUAGUGACCUUGUUGCUAAGUGCAGAAGCAAAACACUGACUUAAAAACAAGUACAUCAGGCACUCAGUGGAGAAGAGAGAUGGAGGCAGACGCUGCAGGGAAAAAAACUGAGUAAAAGGGGCCUUUGAUUCCAUGGGCACAAAAGUCCACAGCCAGGAAUUUGCUGCAACCUCUGAGUCAGGCGGGGUGUGGGGGUGGGGUACACCAUUCCAUUAGUAGAGAAUUCCCAGUGGAUUUUUUUCUGAGAGUCACAUUUCUUGUUAGGACCAGUGUAGACAGAAACAAACUCCGCUCACUUGUUUCUUGGGACAGUUGAGUUAGGGGAUGGCUUUUGCAGAGCAUUCACCGCUGACCCCUCACCGCCGGGACCUCUGUAGCCAUUCUAUCUGGCUAGCGAGGAAGAUUCGUUCAGACCUGACCGCUCUCACGGAAUCUUAUGUGAAGCAUCAGGGCCUGAACGAGAACAUAAGCCUGGAUUCUGUGGGCGGUGUGCCAGUGGCAAGCACUGAUCAGUGGAGCGAGCUGACUGAGGCCGAGCGACUGCAGGAGAACCUCCAAGCUUAUCGUACCUUCCACGCCAUGUUGACCAGGCUUUUAGAAGACCAACGGGUGCAUUUUACUCCAGCUGAAGGUGACUUCCAUCAGGCAAUACGUACGCUUCUACUCCAAGUUGCUGCCUUUGCUUACCAGCUGGAGGAAUUAAUGGCGCUCCUGGAGCACAAGAUCCCCGCCAGUGAGGCUGACGGGGUGCCCGUUAUUGCUGGAGAUGGUGGUCUCUUUGAAAAGAAGCUGUGGGGCCUGAAGGUGCUGCAGGAGCUUUCGAAGUGGACAGUGAGGUCCAUCCAUGACCUUCGCGUCAUUUCUUUCCGUCAGACCGGGAUCUCGGCACACGGAAGCCACUAUAUUGCUAAGGACAAGAAACUGUAGCAGUUACCCAUCUCUUUCAGUGGAAUCUAUGUAGUUCUCCGAGGUCUCACUUUUCCAUUCUUACGUUCUUGACAAUCUUUAAAACCACAGGCAUUUUCAUCAAGUAGGGUUGGAGACGACGACAAAUGGGCAUACAGGGUUAGUUGGUAAGGUGGGGACAGGCGUUGUUGGGCCGUAAGGGAGUGGGAGCAGGGGCAACAUUGUUGUGCCUCAGUGCUCUAACGUUUUCUACCCUCUAAGUAACCUCUGCAGACACUUAACAGCCUCACAGGAUAAGUAUGUUUUUAACUCUAGUCCCGGAAGUUUCUUCUGAGAGGACUAUAACAGGGAAUUAAAAACCAUGGACUCUAUUCAGUUCAAACUCUUGGAUAAAAAAAAAGUAACUAACGUUGAUUAUCUACCAUGUUGGAGCAGUAUGCCAGGGCCUUUGUGUCUGUUACAAUUUUCACAACCCUGUUCACGGAAGGUGGCGUUAUUUCCAUUUGGCAGAUGACAUGACAGGCUCACAGAAACAUAACUUGUUCAAGAUUACCCACCUAGCAAAUGGCACACUGGGUGUGAACCCAAGCCGUUCUUGUUUUACAGCCUAGGUGCCCUCUACUCUGGAGGCCUGCCCGAGAAUCCCCCACUGCAGCUCCUCGCCGCAGGGGGCUGGGGAAUGGACCCUGCGGUCUGUUCCUAGCACCGAGGAGGAAGAAAACCUGACAGUGGCCUCGCUUAUCUGAGGUUUCACUUUCCACUGUUUUCAGUUGCCCGUGGCCAACCAUGGCACAAAAAUAGUAAAGGAAAAGUUCUAGAAAUAAGCAAUUGGUAAGUUUUAAAUUGCUUACUAUCCUGAGUUACUGGGAUGAAAUCUCAGGCAGUCCUACUCCAUCCUACCCAGGACAGGUACCAUUCCUUUGUCCAGAAUAGCCGUGCUGUGUCCAUUACCCACCCAUUAGUCACUUUGCCCUUUCAACUAGCAGUAUGACAUUUAUCAGAGUAUGUUGUCAUAACUGUUUUAUUCUUAGUGAUUGUUACUUGCUUACUGUUUAAAAGCAGGGUUAUGUACUAUCUGCGGUUUCAGGCAACCUCUGGGGGUCUCGGACUGUGUCCCCCACGGAUAAAGGAGGACUACUGCACAGGUCCUGAGGGGCAACGUUUUAGGGUCAGAAGCAGUGUUUGUUGUUCACACUUGGCAAAGAAGAGAGCCAUGGAGAUCUUAAGAGUCAGCUUGUGGAAAAGAUUAGGCCCACCGAACUGCUAAACUCAGGAAGCGGUGGGUGUGCGGUGGUACAUUGUGCUUCACAGUGUCCCCUGAUGUCCCUGAGUUUGGGGCUGGGCAGAGCUCAUACUGGGGUUACCGUGUAUGUGUUGUAGUCAGCCGUGCUGUGAGCCCAGGCGCUCACGAAUGAUGGAUGGAAUACAGCUCAGGUGAAAAGGUCACAGAACUCGCUCACACACAUUCUCCAGACUUAGUCAUGAGGAGAGAGUGGGCCCGCUCUGUUCCCAGUGAGAAAGCCACCGACGCUAAAACAAUAUGCAGUAAAGCCUCCAUGCUUCAUGAUCGGGGCAGAGCUCUGUGCUUAAUGUUCUUGAGAAACGGCAUGUAAAGCGCCAGCCAGUAAAUGAGAACAUUAACAGAAAAGUUCACUUGCAGUUAUUAACUAGUACAAAUGUGCAUCCAGAAGUUCUCAGGUGUAUCACUUCAUACCACCAGUUAAUUAAGACUCAAAACCUUGGAUUGGGGGCCCAGAUCAAUUUUGUUUACUUAUUUGAGGCUUUUGUAUUCUUCAAUGACCCACGAGUCAGAGCUAGCCCCCAGGUUACUUGAGAUGGGAUGGGUGACUUAGCUUGUGACCUCUCCCACGCAGGUCACAUCAAAAACUCCAUGAAGUCAAUAUUAGGAGAAGACUGGGUAGAAGUUAGGACAGCACAGAGGAAGGAAGGCCCAGCUCUCUCGUAUGGAAACAAGGUUGUGUGCAUAAGAGACCACACUAGGCUGGAAAUAAAAGGCGCAGUUUUAAAUGUUACCGAGUUGGAGGAGCGCUGUGAGGACCAGAGAGCACCUCUCUCUGGAGGGGGGUGAGCUGUGUCCUGGCGGCUGGACGAGUACCAAGUCAAUAGGAAUCCUGAGAGAAACAGGCAUGAGUUGCCUGGGUAAAGAGUAAGGCAAUGAUACCCCUAGAAAACAGCUACUCCUAAGGUUUGGCUUUAUGUUUGGCUAAUGUCAUUUGUGAUUUUGGUGUGGGUGCAUAGUUCCCCCAUGAGUGCAUACAGGCUUAUUUAAUUCAAGCUUUUAUUUAAAUUGUUUCAUCUGUUUAAGAGCAGCAUUUUUAGUUAAUAAAGUUCUGUUUAUUAAUGUGGCAUUCUUUAUAGUGUUCAGGCUCUUUUUGUUGAAUGGAGAAAGAUGACUAACAUUUCUUGAUGGGGAAUAAAUAACUGAUUACAAACUUGCUAAAUCUUAAAAGCCAUGGUCCCUCUCCAAAUGCUUUGUUUUUAUAUUCACAUGUUGCAGCACAGACAGCACAGACACCUGCAGAAGUUUCAGAGACCAAUGGGGCAUGGUGCAAGUGCUGCCUAGUUGCGUGUGAAGGGAUGUUUAUGCAUAAGAGGCACAUUUAAAGUGGCAGAGCGUCCAGAGAGGAUACAGGUACUAACCACUGACUGGGAAGAAAUAAGUUAGUGUACGCCCAGCACUGUGCUGAGCUGUGUGCAUCAGUUUCUUCAAGAAACUUGUAAUAUGUCUUAAAAGAAGUGUGGGGAGAUUCCUCAAAAAAAGAUAAAGGAAGGGGGAAAUGAGCACUUAGUUAUAAUAAUAGAGACAUAAACAUGGAUGGCUCUCUGUGUAGACAUUGCAUCAUGCUCAUGUAAAACACAUGACACAGAAUGAAUAAGGGAUUGACGUUAGGCCAGUGCCGUAGGUACAUAUAUAUAUACUGGGAGGAUAUAUAUUUUUAAUUAACCACAAUCCAGAAGAGAUUUUUUAUCUUUAAAUUGUAGUUCUUUUGUUUCUUACACCUGUAUAUGGAUAAGAUCUCUGGGGAAUUAUUUUCAUAUACAUAUAAACUAUAUAAACACAUACAACUACAUUAUAUAUGUGUGUCUAUAAUAAAUGCAUAAAUUUACUUCUUUGCCCCUCACUCUUACUUUGUAAAGAGGAUUCCUUCGAUCCCUUUGUCUCCCAACACCCUCUUUCUGUGGGGAAAGAGAGUCUGUUUUCCUGAAUCUGCCAAGGACUUGAAUGUGUGAGAGUGGAUCAAUUCUUCUUGCAUUGAUUUAAGAGAGCGAUUUGGAAAAGAUUUGCAAAUUAGCACAAACUCGAAGGCCAAGCAUGGAGUAAAAUUAGCUUUAAGAUAGGCUUGACGGAAGUGAGAGUUUUAAUAAAAAUGGAAAAUGUUAAGUCAUAGCCCUGGUAUUGCUGUUAUUUCAGGCUGCUGUGGAUUACAGCCCAAUGGAUGACUCAUUGUGGUGACCGCUGGUCACACCAGGAGAGGAUGAGAGGAGACCUCUCUGGAAAGUUCAGAAUGACUUUUGUGAACCCUCACCUCAUGAAGUAGCUGAGCAUGGGGUUGGAGGGGAGCUCCCUUCAUGAUGAGAAAGGGAUUGGUAAAGAGAAAACGAAAAAAAAAAAUUCGGACACCACUUCAACCGGUCUACUGUGCACACGCACACCUAUGUGUGGCCGGCAGGAUUUAGGCCAGACGUUGAAAAGAAUGGCUGGGCUCCCUGCCUCCUCCCACCUCCGUUUGAAGCAGGAGACCCAAGAACGAGCCCUCUGAAUGUGGGCACGUUCAAAACAUGAAAGUGGUGAAAAUUUCCUCCUGGAGAGCUCCAAGGCAGCGAUCUUCAACCGGUGCGCCACAAGAACUUUUAAACCAUGCAGCACCUGACUGUUUUGUCAGUGGCACUGACCCCUUUUCCCUUAGAUUGUCAAAUAAAAAAAUGACAGCAGCCAACACAACAGCCAUCAGUGUCAAUGAAUCAAAAUUAUACCUAUUUUUUGUCAGAU